AACUCUAGUGUUGAUGACUGUUGUAGUAGAGAGGUGAAAGCAAAGGAUGAAUGUGAAAAAGCCAAAUAUGACGAAAGUGCCUGUAAAAAAGAAGAAAUACGAUUCAACAACAUGUUCGUGAUGGAGGUAGAGAAUGGAGGCCCAUGCCUGAGCUGCAACGCCCCGGUGAAAGAGGCCGACGAGAAGAUGCAGGUCAACUCCUCUCUUGAGAUUGAAGGGGAAACGCUGCCGGCGUCCGAAGCUGCAAAUCUGAUGAAGGAUAUGAGUGACUUAGUUAAAAACAUGAAGGGAUCCUCGGCUGAAUUGUCGUUAGGAGCAGGAGUCUCGGGAAUCUUGGUAAAAGAGCCUGAUGAAGCUGAAGGAAUAUCAUUCGCUUAUAGCUCUCCAAAUGACAGCAUGAAAGUAGCUCUGGAAACUCACUUGUCGUGUUCUGUCUUGCAGAUCAUCGACAACAAGAAAUACCUGGACACAUUUUCAAGAUGGAUCUCUGUGUCAAAGCAAGCUUUUGAGAAGGCUAAUGAAUUAAAUGUAACCGCACCGUUUGCGGCUGUUCUGCGGUUCGUGAACAUGAGUAAGGAUGAAUACAACAGUUCUGUUUUAGGGGAUGAGGUUGUGGCAAUUGAGAUGGGAGCAGUCAUUAGGAAUCUUACAGACACGUUAAACAUCACCUUCAAGACCCCCAGAAAUGAGAAAAUGACACCACAUUGUCACUCAUGGGAUGGUGACGGAGACAAACCGAACUGGACUGAUUACGGAUGUUUAACCAUAGAAGAAGAGAGCUCUGUUACAUGCCAGUGCACACACAUGACAUUCUUUGCCAUCUUAAUGACUCCCAUUAAUGAAACCAUCUCAAGCUAUGACCUGAAUACACUCACCAUCAUCUCCCAAGUCGGCUGUGGCCUCUCCAUGUUCUUCCUCAGCAUAAUCCUCUUCAUGCACUUCCUUUUAAGGAGGACUAAAGCAAGCCAAUCCACCAUUAUCUUCAUCCACCUGGUGGCAUCCCUGUUCCUGCUGGACUUCACCUUCCUAGUCAACAACCAUGUGGCCAACAUGCAGAGCUCGGUGGGCUGCAAGAUCAUGGCCGCUGGGAUGCAUUACUCCAUGUUAGCCACUUUCAGCUGGUUCUCUGCCCAGGCCCUCCACCUCUGCCUCCAGAUGUACAAAGGAGGCAACAUUUUAAUCAAAAGAUACGUACUCAAAGUCUCACUGGCUUCCUGGUCACUACCAGGUGUCACUGUGAUUGUCUUACUCAUUUUAGGAAAAUAUGGGGAACAAACUAUCAAAACUGAGGACUCUCAAUACAAUGUGAAAAUGUGCUGGAUCAACGACAACGACAUCCACUACAUAGUCAACAUAGGCUACUACAUGAUCGUCUUCCUCUUCACCUUCAGUACGGCCAUUAUUACUCUGUGGUGGCUCUUUAAUCUCAAGAGAAUCAAAAAGGACAGUAAGCAAGAAGGUCAAAAUGGUAAAGGCAUCGUAGCCAUCCUGGGCCUGUGCCUGCAGCUGGGCAUCACGUGGGCUUUCGCUUUCUUUGCCUACGGCGCCUUCCGGAUCCCCGCCACCUACAUUUUCACAGUCCUCAAUUCUUUCCAAGGUAUGUGUAUUCGUCACCAGCCCGAUGAUCUAGAACCUCUGAUAUUAAAUCCCCAUUUAAGACUAUUUAAAAGUUUCUUCCUGUUCAUCUACUACCAGAAAACAAGCCACUCUAAUCUCAUAGAUUCCAAGGCGAGCAGCGGCAGCAGCAACACUUGCCAGACCAGCACCUGCAGCCUUAAAACCAAAGUGGACACCUCUAAAAACCCUUAUAAGAAGUAA